AUGUUUUAUCUAUUUUCUUUUUUUUCAUAUUCAAUCCUUCAAAUUAGAGCGACAUUUUUUUCCUUUAAAUAUACUGCACUUCUUUCUUUCUGUCUUUCAACGUUAUCUUUUUUCUUUCAUUUCGUCUCUUUUUUUUUCCUUUUUCAUCUACUUUCUUUUCAUUUUAUUUUUGUCUAUUCCUUGAUUUUUCUCUCUCUCUCUUUUCCAUUUGUCCUCUCAUUAUUUUUUGUUAUUUCCAUUUUUUUCUUCUUAACCUUAUUGUCACAUUUUAGUCUCAUCCAUUCACUCUUUUCUAUUUUUCUCAUUUCCAUUUUUCUGUCUUUCACACUUUACAAUGUGUUUUGUAAUCUCUCUUUUCUUGUUCUUUCUUUUAUUUCUUUCUUUCCGUUUAUCCUUUAUUCACCUUUUUUCUUUCAUUCUUUUUUUACAUACUUUUUCUUUUUUUAUACAGAUAUUUUUUCGUUCAUUUUGCUAAUCUAUUUCUUUCUUUCAUCUUCAUUCAUUCUUUCUUUCUUUUUUCUUUCUUUUGUUUAUAUAUUUUUCUUUUUUUUCUCUUUCUUUCUUGAAUCUAUCUCUUUCAUUCUUUCUUUCUUUUGUUUUUCUAUUUCUUGCUUUCUUUCUUCCGUUUGA